AUGACGGACACAGGUGAGAAGAGACAUGACGAGACAGGUGAGAAGAGACAUGACGGGACAGGUGAGAAGAGACAUGACGAGACAGGUGAGAAGAGACAUGACGGGACAGGUGAGAAGAGACAUGACAGGACAGGUGAGAAGAGACAUGACGAGACAGGUGAGAAGAGACAUGACGGGACAGGUGAGAAGAGACAUGACGUGACAGGUGAGAAGAGACAUGACGAGACAGAUGAGAAGAGACAUGACGAGACAGGUGAGAAGAGACAUGACGGGACAGGUGAGAAGAGACAUGACGGGACAGGUGAGAAGAGACAUGACGGGACAGGUGAGAAGAGACAUGACGAGACAGGUGAGAAGAGACAUGACGGACACAGGUGA